UUCCUGUGGUCGUUAGCGGCGGUUUCGGCCCAUUUCAGCCUGCAGUGGAAACAAAUGCGGUUAAACUUCAACCUGCAGAGAAUCAGAGACGAACCGCCGAAAGAUUGAUGAGGCAGGAGGAAGAACUGCGAACGGCAGAUUUCCCACACCAUUAUUUUUGUUAUUAAGCUAGAUGUUGCUCAUUAAUUUAUCUUCUACCAACAAGAGAUCUCUGUUCUGGAAAAGAGGGAAACAGCACGUUUAAAAACCAAAGGGAAAGCCAAUGAACCAGAACUUGGAUAUGUGUAAAGAGAGUAUGGAUCCGACCCUUUGCUGAAUGAAGACUGAAGGACCACAUUGUACUAAAGGGAUGGAUAUCAAAAUGGGGCCAAAUUCUGGACCUCUUGAAAUAAAAGAAGAACCAGAGGAACGAGAACUGCAGCAGGUUAAAGAAGAUUAUGAUCAAUCAGGAUUUCAGCACAUGGUAAAACUUGAGAUUGAAGACAUCAAUCAGGAUGAAAACCAGGAUGUACUGGAGCAAGAGACAGAUACCUUAAUGGGGGGAGACUCUGCUCCUGUUGAACUCAAAGAGGAACCAGUAGAACUCAAACCUAAACAAGUAAAGGAAGAGGUGCAUGGAUCAGGACCUCAGCAGAUGGUAGAGAAAGAGGCUGAAAGCAUCAGUCAAGAUGAAAACCAUGAUAUACUAAAACAGGAGACUGAUGAUUUAGUCCUAGAGACUUCUGAUAAUGAUACAGACCAACAACAACCACCAGAUGUAAGUGCAAACCAAAGCCACUUACAGAACUUCUCUAAAGUAGAGCUUCAGGAAAUAAAGACUCAUGAAGCUUCAGGAUCCAGUAAAGAUAAUUGGCAACAGAAAAUGGCUCAGAAAACCAGAGGUCAAAGUGAUGAUGCAGAGAAAAGGAUGAAGGGCAGAAAAACUCAGAAUGCUAAACAAUGUAAAGUGUGUGCAAAAUGUUUUAAAUGUAAUAGUGAUUUAACAGUUCACAUGAGAAUUCACACAGGUGAGAAGCCUUUCUCAUGUGUAACCUGUGGGAAAUGUUUUAAUCACAAACAUAAUUUGAAUAGUCACAUGAGAACUCACACGAAUAAAAAGCCUUUCUCAUGUACAACCUGUGGAAAAGGUUUUAAUCAAAAAAUUACUUGGAAAUGCCACAUGAGGACUCACACAGGUGUGAAGCCUUUCUCAUGUCUAACUUGUGGGAAAUGUUUCAGUCACAAACAUAAUUUGAAUAGCCACAUGAGUAGUCACACAGGUGAGAAGCCUUUCUCAUGUCUAACCUGUGGAAAAUGUUUCAUUCAGAAGUUUAGUUUGACUAUUCACAUGAGAACUCACACAGGUGAGAAGCCUUUUUCAUGUAUAACCUGUGGAAAAUGUUUCCGUCAUAAACAUGAUUUGAAUUGCCACAUGAUGACUCACACAGGUGAGAAGAAGCCUUUCUCUUGUUCAAUCUGUGGAAAAAGUUUGGUACAGAAACGUAAUUUGAGUGUUCACAUGAGAACUCACACAGGUGAGAAACCUUUCUCAUGUAUAACCUGUGGAAAAAGUUUCAUCCAAAAACGUAGUUUAAAUAGUCACAUGAUAAGUCACAGAAGUGAGAAGCUCUUCUCAUGUAUAAUCUGUGGGAAGGGUUUCAAUAAAAAAUCAAAUUUCACCUGCCACAUGAGGAUUCAUACAGGUGAGAAGCCUUUUUCAUGUCUAAUCUGUGGUAAAGGUUUUAAUCAAAAAAGAUUUUUGAGUACCCACAUAACAACUCACACAGGUGAGAAGCCUUUCUCUUGUCUAAUUUGUGGAAAAGGUUUUAUGCAAAAACAUAGUUUGAAUAGCCACAUGAGAAGUCACACAGGUGAGAAGCCUUUCUCAUGUUUGACUUGUGGAAAAAGCUUCAUUCAAAAACGUAGUUUGACAAGCCACUUGAGAUAUCACACAGAUGAGAAGACUUAUUCAUGUGGAACUUGUGGAAAGAGUUUCAAUAAAAAAUCUACUUUUACUAGCCAUGUGAUAACUCACACAGGUGAGAAGCCUUUCUCAUGUUUUACUUGCGGAAAAAGUUUCAUUCAAAAACGUAGCUUGACUAGACACAUAAGAACUCACACAGGUGAGAAGCCUUUUUCAUGUAUAAUCUGUGGAAAGGGUUUCUAUAAAAGAUAUAGUUUCACUUAUCACAUGAGGAUUCAUACAGGUGAGAAACCCUUCUCAUGUAAGACCUGUGGAAAAGGUUUUAAUCAAAAAAGAUUUCUGAAUGCUCACAUGCUAGCUCAUACAGGUGAGAAGCCUUUCUCAUGUCUAACUUGUGGAAAAAGCUUCAUUCAAAAACGUAGUUUGACUAGCCACAUGAGAUCUCACACAGGUGAGAAGCCUUUCUCAUGUAUGACCUGUGGGAAAAAUUUUCUUCAAAAACGUGGUUUGACUAGCCACAUGAGAAUUCACACAGGUAAGAAGCCCUUCUCGUGUCUCACCUGUGGGAAAGGUUUCCUUCAAAAAUGCAGUUUGACGUGCCACAUGAGGUCUCACACAGGUGAGAAGCCUUUCAUAUGCGGAACUUGUGGAAAAGGUUACAGUCGUAAACAUAGUUUGAUUAAGCAUCUUACAACUCACAAAAUAGAAUCCUUUCCCAUUUCAUACUUGUAGUAAAAGACUUUGUAGCUGCAUUUUACCUGAUGAAACUUGUAAAAAUGUAAUUAGAAAUUGUUGAAAAUUACCCAUAUAAGUUGGAAGAUUUUAUUGUUAUUAAUAUUGCUGCUGAAUGAAAAGACCUUUAAAUUCUCUUACAUUUAGGGUUAGGGUAUUUACAUUUGUGUAAAUCUUUGAAUAAUUAAACCUACUUUUGCAGAUAAAUCUAACUUUUGAGGUUUGUGAUCAGAUUUCCAGACUUUCUGGUGUUCGCACAUUGUUUAGAUCUGACAUGUACUGGCAAAUUUAGCUUGAGACUCCUUGCAUAGAUAUGACUUAAUAAUUAUACAUGAUAGUAAUGACACUUUGACCUCAAUAUGAACUCUGAAGUAAGAGAGUGAAAAAACAACUGAAGAUGUAACACAGAUGCACUGAGCAGGUGACUGGUGAGAAAAGCAGCAUCAGAAGAUGUUCCUUUAAACGAGUCUGAGAUGGGAAUGAGGAAACAUCGGAUUGGUUUCAGUUUGGUCUAAAUAUUGAGUUGAAUCUACAAAUAGAAUAUGACAUAAUAACAUAUGACACAAUAACAUCCCGUUGGGAUCUGAACCCAACGGGAUUUUAUCUACAAGGCAGAUCAAAAUUGAAACUCUUACUGUCAAAUUAUUUUCUUUGUAUUUGACAUUUUGUGAAAGGUUUUUAAUUAAAUAUAGAUAUUGAACUCUGUUGUCUUCAAAGUUUGAUGCUUUUGGUGUUCUUUUUAUAGUCCAAACAGAAAGCAAUGUUCAGAAAAAAAUAACUCCACAAAGAUUAAUGUCUGGUUUUGGGAUGUUUGUAAUAAAUUGCCAUAACAGUU